UGUCUCCCCAGACCUGCCGAAACUCAGCCUGCUGGGACGAGCCUCCCCUCCCCCGCCGGCUUCUGCCGCGGGAGUGUGCAGACAGCCCGGUUUGCCAUGGGACGUGGUACUCCUGGCUUUCCCCCGGUGGUCACGCGUUCCCAGCCAGGACCUGCCAGCUCGGUGGUUGCUUCUCCAUCUCCGAUGUUCUUAUUCCCCAUGGAGCCACAACCGUAACCAUGGCAACUCGCGUGGAGGUUGGCUCCCUCAGUCCUCUGACAGGAGUGCCCGGCCUGGGUGAGCUCUCCAAGGAGGAGACCCUGACUCGGACCUACUUCCGCCAGGCUGGCGACCCCGCCGGGGCCCCCUCGGCGCUGCUGUUGGAAGGAAAAAGCCCCCUCAGGAGCCCCGUCCGCUUACUCCCCCUGCCGAGACUUGCCCCCAAACCCUUCUCCAGGGAGAAGGCAGUGGACGUGGUGAUACCCCCGUGGCCCAGCCCGACCAGACCCUCUCUGACCAGGGGGCUCUCCCAGGACACAGAGGGGCCGGAUCUGGACGAGAUGCCUGGCUUGGUGGGGCAGGAGGGGGGCAGCGGGGGCAGCCUGCGAGGCUCCUCUCUGUUUGACAAGGCCGCGGUUGCGCGGCCCAGCCCCAGCCCCAGCACCAUGAUUCUCUUUGAAACCACCAAAGCCGGCCCCACCCUGGGGAAAGGGGUCAGCCAGGGGGCUCAGGAGGCCGACGCAGGUGUGUCCCAGGGGCCCCCUUCGGGCUCCCGGCCUGAGGUGGCCACCAAGCCUGCCCUGCCGGCCCGAAAGCCUGCAGGGUCCCUUCCCCGACCAGCCUCCCUGUCUCAGGACAGGAGGCCAGCGGCCACCCAAGAGGAGACGCCCAAGGAGCCUCUGUCAAAGGCCAGCAGUGUGGAGGAUGCGGGCAGCCCCUCUGUGGAGCCCAGGCCACGCCUGAAGAGAAGGCCAGUGUCAGCCAUUUUCAUCGAGUCUAUUCAGCCUCAGAGGCCAGGCCCGGGCGGGGCAGCCGCGAUGGGGAAGGUGCCCCCCACCCCGCCUGAGAAGACAUGGAUGAGGAGGAGGCCCAGGCCUCUGUCUGUGGACCUCACGGCCCGGUUUGAGAGUAGAGAGGCCUUGCAAAGGAGGGUGGCGGACGAGGCCACGACAGGGACCCCUGCCCAGCGAUGGGGGCCGGAGAGGCCCGACCCGGAGCCCAAAGUGGACUUCGAGUGUUUGGUCAAAGCAGAGUCUCCUCUUCACGACCAAGAUUCCGACUUCCUGCAGGUGGCCAGGAAGAUCCAGGAACGGAAGGAGAAGAUGCUCCUUAAGCAGGUGAACACAGGCAGCCUCCGAACUGCUGGGGGAUCAGCCAAGGUCAGCCCCACAGAUGACUGGAAUCUCGGGGAAGAGAAAGCAAAGCUGGACGGGGAGCCGGAGGAGGCCCCCAGGGUCCCCGAGUCCCCUCCACCCAAGCCUGGAAAAGGCCAAGACAUUGCUGAGAUCAAGAGCAGAGGGGCUGAUGGGGACACCUGGGCAGGGGGAGAGAGGCCCCCCAGGGGUGGCGUGAAGAAACGCGUCAGCCUGUUUGGGGAGGAGAGUGCCUCAGCCUUGGCAGCAGGGUCCGAACCCCCACCAGCCACCCCUGAGUCCCCACUGGCCGCACCACAGCCAGAGAAGGCAGGUGUGAGUGUCCAGGAACGGAUCAAAGGCUGGGCUGUUGAGAGCUCAGAAGCGAAGCUGGAGAUCAGGAGGAGGGCGGUCCAGGCGCGACCACUGUCAGCGGAUUUGACCAAACUGUUUUCAAGUGCAGCUUCGAGCAACGAAGUCAAAUAUGAGAAGAGCUCAGAGCUGAGCGGUGAGCUUCCGAAGGAACCAAGAGACAAGCAAAAGGAAGGGCAUGAUGUGGACGCAGCAUCUGUCCCAAGAAGCCCCUGGAAGCCUGAGACGCCCUGGGAGAAGCCCAGGCAGACGGAGCGGAAAGACAGUUCUAACCAAGUGCCCGACGGCUGUCGGGGUGAAAGCGUGGUGGGGACUCUGAGCCCUUCCGACAGCACUCCAGAAGACGAUCGAAGCUUCCAGACCGUGUGGGCCACGGUGUAUGAGCAUCGUGUGGAGAAACACACCGUGGCUGACCAGUCAGGAUGCUGCCCCUUGGCCACGACCCCCAGGGACGUGGCCGAUCUCUUGGAGCCCAGAUCCAGUCUCCAAGGGAGAAGCUCUUUGCCCCAGACGACAUACCUGAAGAGGGAGUGGUUUGAAAAUCCCGACCUGGAGACAUCGGGGCGAACCACCUUCUCCAACGGUGAGCCCAAACAGCAUCGCACAUCCUCCCUCCCGGAAAAAUGCCCUUUGGGCGAAAAGGGCAGUAAUAGCCCCUUCCUCCAGCGCUCGGAAAGCCCUCCCGCGUCGCAGAGGGUCGAGCCCAAGUACGACAUCGUGCAUGCGGUGGGGGAGCGCGCGCACAGUGAGGCCGUCCCCAGGGCACCGGAGGAGAAGGCGGUGACACUCCGGAGCAGCAGGUCUCGGCUCUCACUGUCCCGCGAGGUCACCCCCGCUGACCCCGAGUGCAGGCUGGAAGGCCAGGUGGGCUCCGUCCAAAGGGCGAGUUUGAUUUGGGAAGCUCGAGGGACGCGUGAGGUCAGUGGGCCAAAGCCUGAAUCCCCCCGAGAGCCAAAGGACACAUUUGGAGGCAAUUGCCUGUCACCCAGGUGGACAGGUGGGGCGACUUUGAGCUGGCAGAAAGCCACCGUGGUGGUCAGUGAAGAGAGAGGCUUGGAACCGAGCCCUGAGGCCACCUCUGUGAGGACCGUCCAGGCUGCCAUCCGGGAGGCCCAGCACCAGGGGACCGAAGGGGCCUGCAUCAAGCCGGGAGAGAGGGGUGCCCCCUGCGGGUGCCCUCUGGGGCCUCCCUCCAGGGCUAAGGGCGAGCCCUCUGACUCCAGAGCCCGGCCACACCCGGACGCACUGGUGCAGAAGGGGCCCCUCGCUGUGGCCGCCGGCCAGGGUGAACCGAGGCCGGAAGCCAGGACGCGGAAGGUGAGUCCCGGGGACCAGAGAUUGGAGAGGUGGAGGCGGCGGACUUUACCCCACGACGUGAAGUUUGACGAAUUCAGCUUCCUGACCCCAGAGCACUCUUCAAAGGCAGAGCAGAGACGGACAGAUUACUUGAGCCCCACCGCAGGUGCCUUAAGAACCCCCCCACCCUCCCACACUAGGGCGGAGGGCCAGCAGGUGAAGCCCGGUGUUUCACAGGACUGGGCUUUUCCAGCGGCAAAGCAAGGGUCCUCUGGGGAGCCCAAGGCGACGUUUUUUGCAGUGACUUAUCAGAUUCCUGACACCCAAAAAGCAAAGAGCAUUGUUAAGCCUGGGCCUGAAAACACGGCGGAACAUUCCAGAAAAAUAGCCACACCUCCAUCGCCUCAUCCUUUAACAUCUACUUUGGUUUCUCUUAACCACGGAGAGCCACCGGAGGCCGUGGGCAGUAAAAACCGGGCCCAGGGCAGAGAGCACGACAACGCAAGCUUCCCAAAGAGUCCAAAGAGGCCGGCAGACCUCCCAGUACCUCUUGGGGACAGGAUUCUGGAUCCUUCCAGUGAAAGGAUCACCGAUACCAGUGCUUUAUGGGUUCAUCGGGGACUGGGCGAUGGCACUGGUUUCCACAGCGAUUGGAAGGAGAGUGGGAACAGGACACCCCCCAGCAGUGCCCCCAAGACGCCCCCAGCUUUUAAAAGUCGCCCCAGAGCCAGUGAUGUCCUCAUCAGAAGGAAGACGGAGGUGGUCAGCGAGACGUUUCCGGGUAAAAUCAAAGAUGGCUACAGGUCCAGCGUCCUCGACAUUGACGCCCUGAUGGCCGAGUAUCAGAGGCAGCCGGCCAGAGGCCCCGGGGAGGCUCAGGAGCGGGUGGGGGGUCCACCCGCAGAGGCCAUGGGCUCGAACCCCGAGAGGCCUGGCCAGCAAGGCGCUGUGGAUUGGAGACGGAGGAGCCUGAAGGGGGGCCCCGAAGCGGAGGGGCCCCGGAAACAAGCCAGUUUUGCCGAAAUAAGCUCCAGUUCCACCCCUGGCUCGGGGAAGCAGCCGGCGGAGACCCCAGGGACACCCACAGACACCAAGUUCAGCCCUCCCCUGUGGGCCCUGCCGCACCCGGCUCCCCCUGAGAGGUCUCCGGGGGCCUCUUCUGGCCCCGCAGUUCCCAGGAAAAAAGGCCUGAGAGUAGCUGAAGAUGAACAGAAGGCCUUUGCUAGUAAACAUCAUGGCGCAAAGGGCCAGAAUCACCCGGCCGAGUCCAAGCCCACCGCCAGCUGGGGGGAUCCAGGCAGUGGGGCCUGUGUGCCGCCCAAGUCCUCCCCCGCUGGCCAGAAGACAGGGUCCCCGAGCACGUCCCUCGGGAGGGGAGAGGAGGGCGGUGUGGCCCAGUGGGGCAACCACCCACGGGACUGGGGAAGGUCACCGCUGGAUGUCAAGAGGGCCUGUUCCGAGAAAGGCCCCCCGGCCAGAAUCCAAGAGGGCCUGUCCGUCAUGCAGGAAGCCAGAGAGAGGAGGCGAGAGCAGCUCAAAGGGAGGCCCAGCCUCCCCAGGGAGAGUCCGGAGGCCAAAGAGACCAAGAUGCAGCCCUUCCGGCAGGAGUCGGGGAACCGAGACAGUCAAAAGGUGCCGCUGCGGGACCUGGGGAGGGAGCAGGCCCUCCAGGACCAUGAGCUGCAGCUCCAGCAGGUGACCCCCGCGGCCGCCAGCCCCCGGAGAAGCCACAGCUUCUGCAAGGACAGGAGGAGCGGGCCCUUCAUGGACCAGCUGAAACAGUGUUUCUCCAGGCGGACCCCUGAGGCCAAGGACACUGACACACUCGUGCAGGAAGCCGACAGCCAGUAUGGGACGUGGACGGACCAGCACCAAAGCGGGGAGAGCUUGGCCCCUGAGUCCCCGUCCCCCGACAGCAGUGCCACAUCGGCUCGGAAGCAGCCGCCCAGCAGCCGUUUGUCCUCCCUGUCCUCCCAAACGGAGGUCACUUCAGCUGGGGACCAGCACGACUGCUCCAGGGACCAGCGGAGCACCAGCGUGGACCGAUCGAGCACCGACCUGGAGUCCACAGACGGGACGGAGGGGCUGCCCCCGCUGGACACCUGCCCUGUGAAGACAGUGGAUGACUUCUCCUUCAUCGAUCAAACCUCAGUCCUCGACUCAAGUGCCCUCAAGACCCGGGUGCAGCUCAGCAAGAGAAGCCGCCGCCGGGCUCCCAUCUCCCACUCCCUCCGGCGCAGCCGGGUCAGCAAGUCGGAGAGCAGGUCUCCUCUGGAGGAGGAGGCUGACAGCACGUGGAUGUUCAAGGACUCCACAGAGGAGAAAUCCCCCAGGAAAGAAGAGUCAGAUGAGGAGGAGAAGCCACCCAGGGCUGAGAGGACACCCGUCAGCCGACCCCAGAGGAUGCCUGUGUUUCCAGGAGUGGACCCGGCAGCACUGAAGGCCCAGUUGCACAAGAGGCCAGAGGCGGACAGUCCCAGCGAGACCCCUGGCUGGGCCCCCCAGCCCAAGACCCCGAAAUCGCCCUUCCAGCCCGGAGGGUUGGGCAGUCGUGUGCUCCCCUCCAGUGUGGACAAGGACGAGAGAUCAGAAGAGCCCUCUCCCCAGUGGCUAAAGGAGCUGAAAUCCAAGAAGAGGCAAAGCCUGUAUGAGAAUCAGGCUUGAGCAGACAGGGGACGCUGCCACGUCUGAUGAACAAGCCUUAACUGCAAGAACCCGAAGACAAGGUCACGCUGCUGCGGUCCCCGCCUGUGCACGCCUGGUGGAGAACGCGGCCCAGGGCCCCCGCCCCUCGGCAGGCUCUCCCGGAUGGAUCGGGGCAGGCAGGCUCUCCCUCCACGAGCACUUGCACUGUCUCCCCGGACAGCGCUUCCGGCUGGGAAAGAAGCCAGGCGACCCACAAAUGUCCAUGCUGCCGGUUUUGUGGGUUUUUUUUUAACGUAAAAAUGUGCAUUUCUGCCCGUUUUAGACCCCUGCAGCAGCUCCAGGAACACAGAUGUAAGUCUGGACCGUCUCCCUGGGUUCUGAGUCGUGAAAGCGCCUCUUCCCCCCACCCCAGGGCCGCUCUUUUUGGAAAGGACGUUCCCAAGGAAGAUGCAACUGUUCACUUCCUGCUGUGACCGUGGCCCAAGGCAGUACCACCAGGCUGGGGGGUUUGAUUGCUUUUUUGGCAAGAUCCUUCUCCCUCUCGAAGAUUCUUUCAAAACACCCACCCUCGGUCUUUCAAGUGUAUUCCUCCUUCCAGUGGGGCAGUGUGUGUAGCUGGCCUGUUCCAUCGUACGUCAUAUUUCGUUUGCUUUAGAAGGUGAUAAAGCAAUAAUCCAGCCAACUUUCUUUGAAAUUGGAGAUGUAUAUAUGUUUUUCCGUUAAAGAGCAGGAGCAGAGGUGUGUGAAUAGUUUGCUUGAAGUAUCCAACCAUCUCAGGUUCUCUUAUCCCUACCUAAGCUUUUAAAAAAUUCUCAUUGUCACUCUUGUGUACAUUUUCCUGGUUCCUUUUCAUUUGAGCUCUGAUGUCUAUGGGGUGACCUUUGUCCCUUGGCCUCAAGGGUUCAGAAACUGCAGCCCAGAUGGCAGUGCCUUUUUCUCUCAAAGAUCAGACAUACCCCAAGACUUUCUCCAAAGUCCUUCUCUGAAUGCGACCUGAGCUGCUGGCAUGGAAGAACUACCCCCAGUUGGCCUCAGAGCAAACAUGUGAAUGAGGGGUACUUUUUGUUUCUUCUCACCUCUUCUUUCUACCCACCCUCCCCCGAGUUCUACCUGACCAGGUGCUUUUUCUAGGUCCAAAAUGCAGGAAAGGAGAGUCUUGCUAAAAGUCCUUUUCUGGAGGGGAGCCUCCUAGUCCCCUAGGCCAGGAACUCUGGACAGACAUGCUGGAUGCCAGGUGACCAGUGUAGGCUUGCCUCGCCUCUUCUUUUCUUGCCAACUCUAAGCUCAUUCCCAGGAAUCUCCAAGACCUCUGGGGUCUCCAGCCACUGUCUACUCUGUCCCUUUUUUUCGGAAAUCCUCCACACCAGCCUCCCCCACCUCUUAAGCCCAAGGCUCCAGCAAACAUCUCAGAGAUGGCCGGCCCACCCGCCAUGCCUGGAAUUGCCAUAAACUUUGUGCCAAUCUUGCCCAGGAGACACCCAUCUGUGAGAAAGAUGCUUGGACAGUUCGCAGGGCAGCCUCUGACUGCUGAGGGGUGCUGGGGCUGAGUUUCCUAAUGGAUCUGUGCCCGGCACUGGACUUCCCAAGAGGUGAAAAAUCUCUUUUGAUAAAUCUGCUCUUUGCAAAUGGUAUCAAAACCUGCAUCCCUUCUCCCUGGCCACCUCUCCUAGAGUCUCCAUCUGUCUCCCCAGUUCCUCUUCCUCCCUUAUCUCCCUCACCACCUCUUCUCUCUCUUGGGGGUGACAGGAUGGAGACCAAUCCUGUCUCUCCAGGUUAAGGCAAACGCCUGGGCCUUGGGGAGUUGUGGUUCAGCACCACGGACAGCGACUGCAGCUCCUCCUCCCCCCCCCCCCCGCCCGAAUCCUGUCGACUGAGCUUUGGCCACUGAAUGGGCAAUUUUUGGAGCCUUUCACCUGCCCAGCCUUGUGCAUCUGGAAGCCUCAUGCGUCUGUGUCUGCAGGUUUGGCCCUGCUUGAUCAUGGUUUGUCUUCUCUUCAUUCCCUGAGUUAGUGGCCAGUCCGUUCUCUCUGGCCAUUGAGGGAUUUAAUCAGUUGAUUUUUCUUUCUUAUUUUUUAAAGAUCCAGUUCACAUUUGAUUUCAGUUUUGUUGUAAUAGCUUUCUGGGUCAGUAGGUUUCCUUUAAAAGACCCAACUUCUUUUCUUGGCUGCCAUCUUUCUUUGUCUUUCUCAAGGUGCAGAGGGCCCCUUGGUACCACCUUAGGCAGUAGGAAGUGACCUGCUCUGUUUGGUUAGUACCUUGAUACUCACCGUGCAAAACGCUCAGUUUUGAAUUAGUCAUGUUUCAGCCCAGAUACACCCAACAGGAAAGAAAAACACUUGAAAACGAGAUUGACCUGCAGAUCUUCUACCUAACCUCCCACACCUGGCUUGGAACUCAAAAUCCAUUUAAUUCCUUGGUGAUGAGGACAUACAAAGUCCACCCCCCUCGGAACUGACCAGAGCAGCCUCGUCCCUCCACUGCAGACAAUCACAGUGGGUCAGGAGUGGUGGCCCGCUUAAUGCAGGCUCCUGUGACCUCUGGCUCCCGUGACCUCUGCCUCCCGUGACGAUGACCCAUGCAAUGAAGUUAGCUGCAGCUGAUGCUCAGAGCCUCUGCAGAUAGCUGGGCAAAUGGGUUAUUUAUUUCUCCUCUGUCUAAACUGGGUGAGCUCUUGGGGGGCUAAGCAAGGGGUUGCAUGCUAGUUUCUUGAGUUUGCUUGGAGCCACCUUUGGAAAUCUGUCUCCUUUCAAAGUAACUUACUAUGCCUUAAUUAUUUGUAUGCAAUUAAGUCACCUGCCCUCAUCCAGCCCUCCUACCCUGGGCCUUUGGCUUUCUUUAAAUGAGAGUUUUAUACAGAAUGCAUCAAAAGUAAGAUGGGUGAUUUUUUAAAGUAUAAUCUUUCUCUCUCUCUCUCCCUCCCUUCCUCGCCCCGCCUCCCCACACCCCUUUUGCACAUCAGCAUUUUGAUGGCUGGUCUUUUGAUAAGUCUGUAUCUUUUUCCCUCCAGUAGACCCCCUUCUUCAUAGUCCCUUGCCUAAUGUAACAGAAGCCUUUGGCCUGUAAAAUUCCAUGGCGUGGCCUCCAAAAUCAGUGUUGUGGAGACUCCCUCAGUGCCAUCAGAGAAAUUCCAGUGGAACAGAAGCCUCGCGGUGUUUAGAAUGUUGGAGGUUCUGAGUGACACUGACCUGACAGCCUCAUGUCAUCGAGGAUUCAGGGAAAGGACAAUCGGAUGGGGGAGGUUUUGCAGGGGACAAGCUGAGUCAUGUGCUUUCAAACAGAUGUGUUUUCCUUUGGAAGUGAGGCCAACUGUAGGUAUCUCCACGGAGCAAGAGUAGAAAUAAGCCUAAGCCUGAGGUCCUAAACCUUAGAGGCUGCCAGGGGAUUUAGAAAAACAUGACUUCCCAGAAGAAGACCUCAGCUGCUCCCACCUGGUGCUGACAGCUGCCUCGUCCAUUUACGCGAUUUUUCAUCGCGAUGCCCCCGGAUUGCCCCAGGAGCUAGGCAUAAUUAUAAAGCGAAACACCCACAGGUGUGCGGUCAGAGCACCUCCAGAACUCUUACAGGUGACUCGGGCCUGCAUGGAAGACGGAGUACCCCUCAAGGAGAGGGCUCUCAAGGCAACCUCUCCCUCCCCAGUUUCUGCUUCUCCUCCUCAACCCCUGAGGCCCCUCCCACACAGCCCUGUCCCUUCGUAUAAGAAGCGAGAUGACUGUUGCCUUGAUGUAAAGUGGCAUUUCAGGGCGAGGUCUGCGGGGAGGUGGGAGAAAAAGCAUUAUCCACUGGGACUUGCACCCCAUCCCCCCAAUUUAAGCCAUGGCGAGUCACUACAGUAACAAAGACUUCUUAGCCUCUGGGUCUUUCCUCCUCCAAAAAGUGCUAAAACAGGAAACCCUCC